AUGCUUCCAGGCUGUGACAUGUUUUCAGCUUGUGGAUCGUGCCAUUUCGACCUGUCUACUAGGGAACAAGCCCGUGUACAUCAGCAUGAGAUGCAACUUGGCCGGCACCGAGCACCCGUCCUUCACCCACAGCAGCAUUCCUUACGCAAUCAAAGAGCAGUAAGCCCCUCUCUCGUAAGAGCUUCAUAUCUUACAACUGGGUCACACACAAUCUACGUCCCACACUACUACUACAAAAAUCCAUCCAGCUCCCUUCACGUCCCCCUAUCUCCUGUGCUUGCUCCUGCUAUUGCUCCCAACAGGAGAAGCAACAAAACCUCGCUCGAAGCAGCACUCGACGCCGCAGUCAAGAUCCUGAACCACACUGUAAAGCCAGUCCUCGUCGGAGGACCGAAACUGCGUCUCGGCAAGGCCAAGGAAGCAUUCCAGGAACUGGUGGAAGCGAGUGGAUAUGCCUACGCCACCAUGCCGUCGGCGAAAGGCCAACCUCUAGAAUCGCACCCGCACAUCAUUGGCACAUACUGGGGCGCCGUGAGCUCACCAUUUUGUCUAGAAAUUGUGGAAUCCGCCGACGCGUACAUCUUCGUGGGGAAGAUCUUCAACGCUUACAGCUCAGUGGGAUACUCGUCGUUUCUGAAGAAGGACCACAUGAUUGUGGUGAACCCGGACCGCGUGCAGAUAUGCGGUAAAGCCGAGUUCGGAUGCGUGCUGAUGAAGGAUUUUUGCAUGGAGCUCUCGAAACGGAUCACACGAAACUCCACAUCUUUCGACAAUUACAAGCGGAUUCAUGUCCCUAAGGGCACCAUCCCCUCUUGCGGUGCUCAGGAUCCACUGCGUGUUAAUGUGCACUUAAAGCACAUUCAGGUAGCUUUUCUGUUAUUGUUUGGAGAGGACUGGUUAGGAGACUAA